CUUUCGACCACCCAGAAUUGCCCGCUAUAAUGGAUUCCAUUAUUAUUAGCAUCAAUCCUGAAUUACUAACCCUAUCAUUACUGUUUUUACCAUGUUUCCUGCUCUCUAACCAAGCAUCAGCUCUCGAUUCCGCCACAAAAUUCAUAAACGUGGCGAGUCUGGGGGCAAAACGCGACGGCAAAACUGACGCGUCGCAAGCGCUCCGCCGCGCGUGGUCCGCGGCUUGUGGGUCCCGCGACCCUGUCACCAUAUACAUCCCGGACGGGACGUUUUUCGUCCGGCAAGGCCGCUUUGCGGGCCCUUGCCGGAACACGAGGAUCGAGUUCCGGAUCCGUGGGACCCUCCUCGCGCCUGCCGACUACAACGUCAUCGGCAGUGCCGGCAGCUGGCUGGCGUUUGAGCAGGUGGACGGCGUUUCUGCCCACGGCGGCGAGCUUUCCGGCCAAGGCGCCGCCAUCUGGGCUUGUAAACGUUCCGGCGAGAAAUGUCCCAACGGUGCAACGGCUCAAGUCGAUGGCCAAAUCCAGACUCAUUCGACGGCCAUGCAACAACUCCAUCAGUCCAUGCAACAAAUUCAACGUGAUCUAGCGUCAUUAUUGGGUGAUCGUCGGCAUUCCGAUGGGCACCACGAUCGACGUGGCGGGGGCAACGGCGACCAGGGGAAUUUUAAUCCCAUGACGAAAAUGAAGCUGGACAUGCCUAAAAGCGAUGGUUCCGAUCCCUUGGGUUGGUUGUUCAAGGCCCACGAAUAUUUUGUUUUUUACGGGGUUCCGGAGGAGUCCCGUCUUGCGGCGGUUUGUUUGAUGCUUGAAGGCCCAGCACUUGAUUGGCUCCGUUGGCGUCAAAGGAACGGCUUGCUUCAUUCGUGGACAGAUUUUGUGACGUCUUUCAAACUCCGUUUUGAUCCACUGAACUACGUUGAUUAUUUUGGCUUGCUUUCUAAGGUUCGGCAAAUGGGGUCGGUUCUCGAUUACCAACAGGCCUUUGAAAAGGUUCUCGUUAAUGUCACCGACGUGGAUGAAUCAAAUCUUCAAUCUCUUUUUUAUGCUGGUCUCAAGUCACAUCUCCAACAUGAUCUCAUGUUACACAAGCCGUCUUCUCUCUCCGAAUCGUUUGCGCUCGCCCGCGAGCUCGAGGCAAAGCAUGCGGCAUGGGCUACGUCACUUGGUAGCCGGCCUUCCAUACAACGGCAGUGGCCCGUCCUAAAGCCGCCGGCCGCUACAACUGGGCAACCACUUCUGCCAACUCCGGAGCCUAAAGAAGACGAAGAUGAGGAUGCUGCGCCAGACCUCGUUGAUGAGACCCUAUUGAUGGCCGACGUCUCCACGCUUAAUAGUAUGGCAGGGGUUGCAGCCCCUCGUUCGCUCCGUCUAUCUGGCAUGAUUGUGGGGGGCGUGGUGGAUGUCCUUAUUGAUGGUGGGAGCACACACAAUUUUAUCCAUCCUUCGUUGGUGGAGCGGUUGCAACUCCCUAUCACCUCAGUUCCGGCUUUCCGGGUCUAUGUGGGUAACGGUGCAUCGCUUCUUUGUAAUCAACAAUGCGUGGAUAUAGCCUUGUUGCUACAAGGGGUGACGUUCAAUGUGGAUGUUUUUGUUCUUCCCAUUCACGGGCCAGACGUGGUUCUUGGUGUCCAGUGGCUACAAUUGUUGGGGAAGGUCACACACGAUUAUGCCAAUCUCACGAUGGAUUUUGUAUGGAAGGGGUCACCUGUCACGUUGAAGGGCGGAACACCAUCUUUGCGGCCAAUAACUCUCCACCAUUGUCAGAUGUUGUAUGUUGCUCAGGACCUCUCGGCAUGUUUUGAACUGUUUCUUGGUGCGACAGCCGACCCCGACACCACUCCAGACCCGUGGCCAGAGGGACUGCCGCUGGAAAUCAUGCAUGUUUUACAGAGGUUUCAGACUGUUUUUGCUAUCCCUACGGUUUUACGGCCUUUCCGGGGUUCGACGGCCACGGUCCAGCCAUUGCCCUUACCUGAUGAUUUCGUUGAUGGCAGACCCCCUUCUGUGCCCGUCGCUAUUCAUGCUGUGCGUCGUGUGUUACGUAAUGGUUCUUCUGAAGAACAAUUUCUAGUAAGUUGGAGUGAUGGUACCCUUGAUGAUGCUACUUGGGAACCUGCGGCUGCUAUUCGUCAACAUUUUCCUGAGCUACACCUUGAGGACAAGAAUCUGUCGUUUACAAAGGCGAAGAACAUACUAGUGUCAGGCGUGACAUCCCAAAACAGUCAAAUGUUUCACGUGGUCAUCAACGGGUGCCAUAACGUGACGCUUCAACACAUCCAAAUCGCCGCCCCCGCCGACAGUCCCAACACCGACGGCAUCCACGUCCAGUUUUCCUCCGCCGUCACCCUCCGGCACUCCGCCAUCGCCACCGGAGACGACUGCGUCUCCAUCGGCCCCGGCACCGCCAACUUGUCGAUGCAAAACUUGACUUGCGGCCCCGGUCACGGCAUCAGCAUUGGGAGUUUGGGAAGAGAUAAAAGAGAGGAGGGAGUGGAGAACGUAACAUUGGAGGGAGGGACGUUGAAGGGCACACAAAACGGGGUGAGGAUCAAAGCUUGGGGCAAACCCAGCAAUGGGUUUGUGAAAAGUGUGGUUUUCAAGGAUUUGACCAUGGUCAACGUCCUAAACCCCAUUCUCAUCGACCAGAACUAUUGUCCCCGCCACCACAAUUGUCCUCGUCAGGCAUCCGGGGUGAGAAUAAGUGACGUGACGUACGAAGACAUAAAGGGGACGUCGGCGAGUGAGGUGGCGGUGAAGUUCGAGUGCAGCAAGGUGAAGCCGUGCAAAGGCAUUACAAUGAAAGACGUAAAACUGAGCUUCAAAGAGAGUGGCGGCGGCAAUGCUCGGGCGUCCUGUGCUUACGCCGCCGGAAUGGCCGUCGGCCUCAUCCAGCCCUCCAGUUGUCUGUAGCUAGCUGAUUUCUAGUGUUUG